AUGAAUCCUUGGGAAGAGAAUGCAUUGCAAUACCAAUACCAAGACAAUAGAGCAUUUACAGGAGUACCGGCUAGCAUUGCAACGGAUCCAAAAGACACUGUACACGAUGGUAUUAUCUACCCCGGGCUCUAUGCGCCGAGCGGCUUUGAUAUGAUGAGCAUACUCAUCCGAGUCAUGACAAGACCCAAUCCCGUCAUCGAACUCGGCCCCAUCGACGCUUCCUGCGCCCUCAUCAUGUGCGACCUCCAGCAGCAAGACUACCCCAUCGUCUACGCCUCCGGCCCCUUCACCGAGCUAACCGGCUACUCCCCCUCCGAGGUCAUCGGCCUCAACUGCCGCUUCCUCCAAGCGCCCGGCGGCAGAGUCCGCAAACAGUCGCCCCGCAAGCACGUGCACAAGGACGUCCUCAAGCGGAUGCGCCGGUCCGUCGAAGCUAACGAAGAGCUGGCUGUCGAAAUCGUCAAUUUCAAGAAAAACGGCGAUCGCUUCGUCAACGUGCUGACUAUGAUCCCCGUGCACUGGGACAGUCAGACGCCGCGGUACUCGGUGGGCUUUUUGGCGGAGAAGACUUGGUGA